CCAAGGCUGGAUAAUAAUUGGUCAAGAGGCAUGUUUCUGCAGAAACCAGUUACAAUGUUAUUACCAACAUUAUUUGGGACAUACUGGCACAGAAGUUGCCAAGCCUCGAGAAGAUGAAUUCUGAAAUUCGACUUACCCGUCCUAUUAGCAAUGAGAAGGAAUGAUAGAGAUGGGUGUUAACUUGACAUGUUAGCCAAAGAAGCACAGCCAACUGCCAGUCUCGCUCCCUACUAGGUUACACAUUUCCGAUUUCCUGGUUAGGGCCACCUCAGAAUUUCAGCAAUGGCUGCAAAAAUUCUUGCUAAUUUAAUUGUAAUGGGCUCUUCUAUAUUGGCAAGGGCUUUUGUUCAAGCAUAUCGUCAGGCAUUGUCCAAUGCCUCGAAGAAUGGUGUUGCUCAAGAAGCAGUACAGAAUAUUAAAAGAGCUAGCAAAACCAUGACGGAAGCAGAGGCAAGACAGAUUCUUGGUGUGACAGAGGAUUCAUCAUGGGAAGAAAUUGUGCAGGUCCGUUUAAAUGUUAACCGUUAUCUUGUGACACUGCUUUUGUCGUCAAUAUGACAUUAAUACGCCGCUUCUCAUUUUUCUUGCUUCUGUAUGACAACUUGUU